AUGGCGGCGUUUUCUUCCCCAAGAGCACUUGGCUCCACGGCUGCCCUGAUAGCCAGCUUAGGGUCUCUGGCAGCUGCGUUGAGCGUUUCUGGAAAUCCUUUGGCUACUUCGGAUCAGCGAGAUCUUGAUGCACUAGCAAUUGAGAUCUACCAAGACAACAGCUUCCCUGUCCUGAAAGCCGAAGCAAAGGCAGCCUACAAGACGGCGCACGGGUCGCCCAUCAGUGACGAAGCCUCCUCAAGUCUCGACGCGGCCAUUGAAGAGCUCAUUUUCAGCUCUGUUCAGAAGGCUGUGAACAACGACCCAUACUAUCCGAAGGUCUAUUGGGUCGAUGCUGGUCCACGUGACUGGUUCGAUCUUGAGGUGCCUGGCGGACGCUACUCCUAUGACAAUCCGGACUGCAUCUACCGCACUAUCCCGAUCAGCUCCGACGUGGACUAUAUCGUGACCGGCUAUCGCCACACACCAGGCCCUACCGAUGUCAGCUUCUCGCUGAUCAGCGACCCGAACUCCCAGAAUACUGUCGCAUACCUUGCCGGUAGUGACCUGGUCAUCAAUAGCGAUGGUUCCUAUAGAAUCACGAUCAACAACUCUGCCGCAGACGCCCAGUCAAACCAUAUACAGUCCACCAGCUCCGCCGUGCAACUCUUGAUUCGAAACAACCUCGGAGACUGGCAGUCCGAGAAACCUGACAACAUCACCGUGGAAGCAGUCAGCGACGUGACGGGUCACGACUCCAUCACCAACGCCCAGAUCCUCGUGGAUGCCAAAUGGAACUUGCAGGAAUCCAUCGUCGACUACGGUGUGGGCGCACUGGGGCUGAAGACAUCUAUCUAUGCGGUAAACACGCUCUCCACGCCCAGUCAGUCCAGCACCCUUGGCACCUUGACGACCCAGGCGAGCUCAUUCGGGCACUUCAACCUCACCGACAACGAGGCGCUAGUUGCCACCCUCACGCCCGGCGCAGCAGACUACUUCGUCUUUCCCGUGACAGAUCCGUGGCUGGUGACCACCGACCCCGCCCGUCAGGUCAGUCUCAACAGCAAGCAAUCCAUCGCGAAUGACAACGGGACCUACACGUUCGUCGUCUCCGUCGCGGAUCCAGGGGUCCACAACUGGAUUAACACGACUGGCCUACACGAGGGCACGAUCAUGGUGCGCUGGCAGGGUCUGAGUUCGUCCUCGAGCGACUCCGUUGCGAUUCAGGCUCAGACCGUCGCCCUUUCGGAUCUUGCAUCCGUCCUUCCCAGCGAAACCCGUUACGUGACUGCGCAGGAGCGCGCGGUGCAGCUUGCGGAUCGUAUUGCAGGGUAUGCUUUGCGGUUGGAAUAUUGAUGAACCUGACAGUGGUUAUACCAAUAUCGACACUUGAUCUUCUUAUUUCGGGGCCAAGGAAGCCGAGCUCAACUGGCUCAAGUAGGGACAUUGAGGAGAAGCUUAGGAUAGUGGGCAUUGUGCUCGGGUGGAUAUGCCGAGAUAAAAGAUGGGAAUCAAUGUCAAUUAUAAAAU